AUGACUAAUGUCUUUGAUAUGAAGGUCCAGAUGCAAAUGAUAAACGAAGCUAAUAAAAAUAUGAAUCUACAGAAAUAUGUCUUUACACCAAAAACUUCAAAGACAUCCUGCACAUGGUCACCAUAUUUGCAAUCACCUCCACAAACAUUAAAACUGCCUAACUCUACUGAUAUAAUGAGACACUACAAUGAACAUGCACAGGAUGGAGCAAAUUUUAAAAGCUCAGACAAUCUAGGUUCUAAAAAAUCUCAGACUGCAACAUCUAAAAAGACUACAAUUAAUUCUUCACUAACUAAUCUGACAGAUGCAGAUAAAAGUAGCUGUUGUUCAACAAAAAAUCUAGAGGUCACAUUUGAAUUAGGGACUGUCUGGGAUAAUUUUGAUGAUGAUAUCCUACUGGAUGCCAGCAGUUUUACAAUGGAAACCUCUGCUUUAGGUUCCAAAAAUUUAUCCUUCAGUGAAUUUCAUUCAACACCAGCAUUCUCACCAUCAGCUGAACAGAAGGAACAAGCUUGGAGUAAUUCUGUUUCAUCAAAAGUGUGGGUAUUGUUUCUGCUAGGUUUGUGAACUCCAAAGAAUGCCCUUCCAAUUUUCAUAGGAAUAAGAAAACUGACAAUGUUUAAAGCACAG